CUCAGCAAGAACAUCUUAACACGAUGACCGACAACUCCACUUCUCCGCGGAACAAGCAGCGGACCAUGACCGCCUGGUCCGCGGCUUCUUCGAGUUGCGGCACGGCCUAUCCUGCGUGAAAACGUUUUCCUCCCAGAGUCAAGUUGCGAAGUGUACAACACAAAUCCAGAAGUAUUGGGAGUCACGCAUGACAAGUUCCUCUCUGUAGUGUAGUGCAGACUCUUAGCAAGGACAAGCGCAUCGCAAGACCAUCAGCUCGUCCUGUUUACAGCAUCACAAAUUCCAAAAAUUGACUGAGAUGAAUGCCUCUCAUGGGGAUACGCAUGACAAGUCGUUCUGUAGAUGCAAAAAUUCUGCAUAACAACUCAGAAGUGGGGACAUUCUUCAACAGGAUACGGCCAAUUCCGCGGUGACCGGGUCCAGUAAUGGAACGAAUCAAAAUUCGCAGUUUUCUUUCGGGAACUCGAAUACCGGAAAUAACCACCUCGACCAAACAGGCUCCGGGCCGUCGCCGUCGGGCCAAAAUAGCAGGAACUCCGGUGGUACUGGUAGUGGUGGACCAGGAAACAACAAUAAGCCGACGAUUUUGAUGUUAAACAAUUCCAUCACGAAGGAAAACAGUGAGGCCAAGAAGAAAAUAAACAAAACAACAACCGAAAUAAAUUCAACUGCCUCUUCGAAGCAACCGAUAAUUCCUUCUGGGUUUUUGCUAAAGAAGUUCCUCGGCUAUGAUCCCUACAGCGGGUCCCUCACCGACCACUACGAACUGG